AUGUCACGCCCAAAAGUUCUCAUUGUGGGCUGCGGUGCCGUCGGCCUGUCUCAAGGCUACCAUCUCUCCGCUGGUGCAGACAUCACCUACCUGGUCCGGCCAGGCCGCAAAUCCGCCUUCGCAGCGCCAAAGCACCUCUACUCGUACAAAGAGGAUGAGCUGCACACAUUUGCGUCGUACCGCGUGAUCGAGUCCGUGGCCGAAGUCACAGGGGAGACUUUCGUGCUCGUCUUCGACACGCUGGACGGCCACACGGCACGCUCCGAGGGCGGCGUCGCGACGCUCACGGCCGAGGGCGAUCUGCUCAACGAGCCGCAGAACAAAGAGUGCUUCCUCGUAUACGAUGCCGUCGGCCUGGACAUGGACGAGCACUACCUGCGGCUCACGCGCAUCGCGCCGUCGCGACUCCUUCUUGCGUUCAGCAUGCUUGCACACCAGCGCACACCCGCCAUCUCCGUUCCUGCAUCGGCGACCAAGGAGCUCGUCGCCAAAGCAGAUAUUCUGUACGUCUCCUCGCCGCCGAACACGGGCCUGCUCGUGUUCAACACGCAGCCGGCGCUGCGGAAGAAACUCGAAGCACUCUACAACGCCAACGGCACGCUGGUCAUCGGCUCGAUGCCGGCGUUUGUAACGCCCUGGGCGCCGCUGCUCAUGAUGCUGCACCUCAUGACGUGGGACGUGAACGGAUGGGGUCCGUUUUCGCAGCUCGUCGAAAACGCACCGCUGUGGACGCUGAUGCUGCGGGCGCAGUCGGAGAUGCUGAAUUUGCCGCGCUUCGGGUGGACGGGGUGGGUCUUGUCGUGGGUGCUGGGCGGGUGGGCGACGAGGCAGAUCCACGAGCCGGUUGCCGAGGGCGCGAAGCCGCUUGCAUACGAGGAGUUUAAUGCGUUUCACCACGGGGAGAAGGUGGCGCGGCAGGAUUGCGAGGCGCUGGAGCAUGUGCUGAGGGAGGGCGAGAGGGCGGGCAGGAAAAUGGUGGCGUUGAGGGAGAUUGUCGCGAGGGCGAGGGCGAAGCACGCUUAG